AUGGCGCAAUACGAUCCUUCUGCUGUUGAGAAGGAGCAGUCUAUUCUCUACGAGGGCGGACUCACAUCGCCCAGUGAUCACUCCACAGACGGAUUUACAUGGACUGAGGAAGAAGAAACGGCGGUUCGACGAAAAUUGGAUAGAGUCAUCGUACCCCUGACUACGUUCCUCUACUUAUUAUGCUUCCUCGACCGUGCCAAUGUUGGAAACGCGCGUAUCCAGGGUAUGGAGAAGGACCUGCACCUUGUCGGAAAACGAUUCAACUGGGUCACGUCGAUAUUUUACAUCAUUUACAUGUUUGUCGAGGUACCUUCCAAUAUUCUUCUGAAGAAAAUUGGCCCGAAGUGGUAUCUGCCGCUUCUUGUUGUCGGCUUCGGAUUUGUUUCCCUCUGCACAGCGUUUGUCCAAAGCUUUCAGGGAUUGAUGGCUGCACGCGCUAUACUAGGUGUCUUCGAAGGUGGUGUUAUGCCUGGUCUUGCGUUCUUCAUUACCUGCUUCUACAAACGCAAUGAACUGCUGUUCCGUAUUGGUAUCUAUGUCUCAGCUGCUAGUUUGGCCGGUGCAUUUGGUGGUCUCUUGGCUACGGGACUGGCGCGUAUUCCUCCCUGGGGCGCAUCCUCCAUGAUCAUUCACACCUGGCGCAACAUAUUUUUCUUCGAGGGCCUUUUUACUAUGCUUGUCGGGCUCGGCGCACCGUUCCUGAUGCCAACAAGUCCAGGAGAGUGCUGGUUUUUGAACCCACGCGAACGUAGGAUUGCGCACGAACGCUUGAUCUCGAAAACCGGCGCCGGGGAGGACGAGAAAGUCCGACCUCGCCACGUUAAGAGAGCCUUGUUCAACAUCACCAACUACAUCUGCUCCUUCGGUUUCUUCUUCAUAAACAUUACUGUCCAGGGUAUCUCUCUUUUCCUGCCCACCAUCUUGAGAGAUCUAGGCUGGACGGCUACCAAAGCCCAGCUUUACACCGUGCCUCCCUACGUAUGUGCGUGUUUUAUCGCUAUCGGUGUCGCAUUCCUCAGUGAUAAGACCAAUCGCCGUGGUCUAUACCUGGCCAUUUUCACAAUCCCCACGAUUGCUGGCUUCGCUAUUCUUCGCUGGGUCGCUGAUCCCAAUGCGCGAUAUGGAGGCAUUUUCUUGAUCACGAUUGGCGCGUUUCCUGGUGGCCCAGGCUUCCUAACUUGGGCAACCAACAACGCAGGUAACCCGUCCGUACGCGCAGUCACUACCGCAUACGUCGUCACGCUUGGUACUGCUGGUGGUAUUCUUUCUACCUGGUCAUACACUUCCGAUGAUGCGCCAAAAUACCACACUGGUCAUACCAUCAACUUAGUAGGUCAAUGUUGCGUGUUGAUCUUGUCAUGCGCGGGUAUUUUGUACUGUAAAUGGGAGAACAAGCAGCGCGACCUAGGGAAGCGUGACCACCGUCUUAACGGGUUGAACGAGGAGCAGAUACGCGACCUUGGCUACCGGCACCCAGAGUUUCGCUACAUUCACUAA